AUGUCUGGACUAAAGGCAGAGGCUGAAAAGUUUUUGAAUAACGCAAAAGAGAACACUUUUGGAUGGACUCUGAAGGAUAAUAGUACCGACGACAAGAUUUAUGUUGUGGUUGAUAAUGAAGCUGACCCUGAUGAUAACCCAUACUUUUCAAUUUCCAGGAAUGGAGAUUCAUUUAAAGUGGCUAGCCAAUACUAUCUUUUGGAAGAAGUUGAAGGAGUCAGAUUUAUCAAAUUAUUGAGCGACUAUUGUGCUCAAGGAAAGAGAUCCCUUACUGACGUGUUGCAAAAGGCCAACUCAAUCUAUAACCAAGUUGAAUCUGCACUGAUGGCUGGUGAAGAUCAAGGUGACGAUGAGGAGCAAGAAGAAGUUGAAAUUGAAGUUGGAGACGACAUGCAAGAUGAAAUGCCUAUUCAACCCGUGAGCAGCAUGGGCAGUGGUUAUGACGCAAACUUUGAAGAAAUGAAGAAGAAAUUCAAAAAGCCACAAGGUGCCUCUGAGGGUUGUAUCAAUUGUAUCAUGAAGGAAUACAUGAAGAUCAAACAAGCAGAAACUGAAAAAUUGGGAAUUAGCGCUAAUCCAGUCAAUGACGAUCUUUUCCAUUGGGAAAUUCGUUUCUUUAAAUUCGAUCCAAAGGAAGAUGGUCAAAUUGCAAAGGAUCUUGCUGAAUAUUCGAAGAAACAUGGUAUUGACUAUAUCACAUUGGACUUGACUUUCCCACUUGAAUUCCCAUUCAAGCCACCAUUUAUCAGAGUUCUCAAACCAAGAUUUGCUUUCCGUACUGGUCACGUCACAAUUGGUGGUUCCAUUUGUAUGGAAUUGUUAACUACCUCUGGAUGGAGUUCUGUUUGUUCUCUCGAAUCAAUCUUUGUUCAAAUCAGAACUGAGAUGAUUGCUGGUGAGGCUCGUUUGGACUUUUCCAAUACUACACCUUACACUGAACAUGAAGCAAAGGAAGCUUUCUUCAGAGUUGCCGAAAGAUAUGGUUGGGAAAAGAGAUAA